CCUUAUUGCAUUUUCUUCGUGGCUUGAGCAUCUCGGCGCUGUCUUCUUUGACACGCAGAGGAUCAACAAUGACGGAUCAAGAGAUCAAUGGCGAUGAAUUUUGUAGAAGGGCUGAGAAGAAGCUCACUGGAUGGGGUUUAUUUGGCAACAAAUACGAAGACGCUGCUGAUUUAUACGAGAAAGCUGUGAAUUCCUACAAGAUCGCCAAAGCAUGGGAGAAAGCUGGAUCAACCUAUGAGAAGUUGGCUAGCUGUCAUAAGAAGUUAGAAAGCAGGCAUGAGGAAGCUUCAGCAUACGCAGAUGCUGCAAAUUGUUACAAGAAAAUCAAUCCCCGAGAAGCUAUUCGAUGCUUGAAUGAAUCACUUGAAAUCUUCAUGGGGAUAGGAAGGUUAAAUUUGGCUGCUAAGCAUGGCAAGGAUAUUGCUGAGUUAUAUGAGGCUGAAGAAGAUCUUAAUGAGGCAAUCAGAUUCUAUGAACGCUCAGCUGAACUGUAUGAAACUGAGGGAGCUACAUCCACUGCAAACCAGAUGGCACAGAAAGUGGCUCAAAUUGCAGCCCAGUUAGAACAAUACCCGAAAGCCAUUGAAGAGUUUGAAAAAGUUGCAAAGCUGUCUAUCAACAACAAUCUUUUGAAGUAUAGCGUUAAAGGGAUUCUUCUUAAUGCUGGCCUUUGCCAAAUAUGCAAAGGUGACAUUGUUGGGAUAACCAACGCAUUAGAGCGAUACCAGGAACUUGAUCCUACCUUUUCAGGCACGCGUGAAUACAAGUUUCUCGCUGAUUUAGCCUCUGCAAUUGAUGAAGAAGAUGUCGAGAAGUUCACUGAGGUGGUGAAGGAGUAUGAUAGCAUGACCAGGCUGGAUGCUUGGAAGACAUCGCUUUUGUUGAGAGCGAAGAACGCUCUGAAAGCGAAGGAAGUGGAAGAAGAUGAUCUUACUUGAGACUCUCUCUCUCUUCCCCUCUCUCUCUCUGUCUCACAUGUAUUAUCAAUGCAUAUUUGUUAUAUUGGAGCUUUCAGUCAUGUUUUAUGAUGUCAAAUUGGAAUGGUGUGCGUUGAGAGCAAAGCACUUUUUCGCUUUGCGGUUGGUGUGCUUGGAGUGUGCAAUGAUGUUUCUAAAUUCUUGAGUGAAACAUGUGCGUAGAUAAAUAAUUUGUGGUGCUAAUCUUUUCCCCCUCUUAACAUGUCUGGGUUCUUUUGAACCAUUCACCAGAUGAUUGAUGUUCAUUCAGGCUUUGACUGUUACAAUCCUCCAAUUAUGGUUAUGAAAUGUGGGGUUACUCAAA